AUGUCGUACAAUCGCCUGGAUGUUUCUUAUGGGCCACAGGAGCGUCUGCAUAUGCCUUCGAGUGAUUUGCUGGCCGAGCAACCAACGUAUUCCGUGGAGAGGUUGCCAAACUCUUACGGUCAUAACGAAGCCUACGAACAGCGCCACCCGCAGGCUUACCCCGGAUAUGAGUAUUCGGUGGAUCCCGAGGCCCAUCACGACGCCUACUAUACGCAACCUUACCAACCUACAGCCACGCCACAUGAUGAUUAUGACUUAGGACAAUACCCCGAACACCAGCACCAGCACCAGCACCAGCACUCUUAUAGUGAUGAUCGCAUUCCCAUGCUACAACAGGACAAUCCAUUCGGACCCGAUCCCUACAGCGAUGAAUACCAGGUGGAAGAACCAGCUGACGGCCACACCCCAAGCCCGGCACCCCUCCGACGAUGGAAAACGGUCAAGGAAGUGCAACUGUUCAAUGGCAAUCUCGUGUUGGAUUGUCCGAUCGCGCCCAAGCUUCUUAGCCAGGUUCCUCACGCGGAGCCUCCGGGCCGUGACGAGUUCACGCAUAUGCGCUAUUCCGCCGCAACAUGCGACCCCAACGACUUCUUUGAGGAGCGCUUCACGUUGCGCCAGAAACUGUUCGCUAAGCCUCGGCAUACCGAACUUUUCAUUGUGGUAACGAUGUAUAACGAGGAUGACUUUCUUUUCGCGCGGACGUUGAUUGGUGUAUUCAAAAACAUUGAGCAUAUGUGCUCGAGGACGCAUAGCAAGACAUGGGGCAAGGACGCAUGGAAGAAGAUCGUGGUUUGCGUGAUUAGCGAUGGUCGUGCCAAAAUCAACCCACGAACCCGUGCAGUGUUGGCUGCUAUCGGAGUCUACCAAGACGGCAUUGCCAAGCAACAAGUCAACGGCAAAGACGUGACAGCACACAUCUACGAAUAUACCACUCAGAUCGCUCUCGAGCUGAAGGGAACCCAAGUUCAAAUCAAAGGACGUUCUGCAGUUCCCGUGCAGAUGAUUUUCUGUCUGAAGGAAAAGAACCAGAAGAAAAUCAACUCCCACCGCUGGUUCUUCCAGGCAUUUGGACGAGUAUUGGACCCCAAUAUUUGCGUGCUUCUCGAUGCGGGAACGAAGCCCGGCAAGGACUCCAUCUAUCGUCUCUGGAAGGCAUUCGAUGUGGAGCCGAUGUGUGGAGGGGCUUGUGGUGAAAUCAAAGUCAUGUUGUCGCAUGGAAAGAAACUGCUCAAUCCCCUGGUUGCUGGUCAAAACUUCGAGUACAAACUGAGCAACAUCCUCGACAAGCCUAUGGAAUCCGCGUUUGGGUUCAUUAGUGUGCUUCCUGGUGCAUUUUCGGCGUACCGAUAUGUCGCAUUGCAAAAUGAUAAGAACGGCCAAGGUCCGUUGGAGCGGUAUUUCCUUGGUGAAAAGAUGCAUGGCGCGAAUGCCGGUAUUUUCACGGCGAAUAUGUACCUGGCUGAGGAUCGUAUUCUGUGUUUCGAAAUUGUCACCAAGCGGAAUUGUCGCUGGCUCCUGCAAUACGUGAAGUCGUCUACUGGCGAGACCGACGUUCCGGAUCGGAUGGCCGAGUUCAUUCUUCAGCGCCGUCGGUGGCUGAACGGCAGUUUCUUCGCCGCGGUGUAUGCGAUCGCCCAUUUCUAUCAGAUCUGGAGAAGCGACCAUUCGGCUAUUCGGAAAUUCAUGCUACUCGUCGAGUUUUUCUAUCAGACCAUCAACAUGCUGUUUGCUUGGUUUGGCAUUGGUAACUUCUUCUUGGUUUUCCACAUUCUCACGACAUAUCUCGGGCAGAAGGACCUCCUCGGUACCACUGGUCGAGUGCUUGGAGUGGUUUUUGAAUGGCUUUACCUGGCAACAUUGGUAACGUGCUUCGUCUUGGCCCUGGGUAAUCGGCCGGGCGGGUCCAACAAGUUCUACAUGACCAUGGUCUAUUUCUGGAUUGGGAUCAUGAUUUACCUGGCCUUUGCUUGCAUUUUCGUCACGGUGAAAUCGAUCCAAACGGAGGUGCAGCAGGAAGGCUUUACCUUCACGGAUCUAUUCACCAACUCCACGUUCUUCACGAUCAUUGUGUCCUUGGGCUCCACGUAUGUCAUGUGGUUUGUGGCAUCGAUUAUCUUCUUUGAUCCCUGGCAUAUGUUCACCAGUUUCAUCCAAUAUAUCUUGCUCACUCCGACGUAUAUCAACGUGUUGAAUAUCUACGCGUUUUGCAAUACUCACGAUAUCACAUGGGGUACAAAGGGUGACGACAAGGCGGAAAAGCUGCCCUCCGCGAACCUGAAGCCGGGCGGCAAGGUGGACGUCGACAUUCCGCAGGAUGAUGGCGAUCUGAACGCCCAAUACGACUCCGAGUUGGCCAAGUUUGCUGAGAAGCCACCCAAGGAAGUACAGGUCGUCUCGGAAGAAGAACGGCAGGCCGAUUACUACAAGGGAUUCCGAAGUGCGGUCGUGUUGGCCUGGGUGUUUUGCAACUUUGCUCUGGGGGCCGUCGUGCUCAGCGCAGCAGGCUUGGACCGCUUCGACGAGAACGAAAAGACCAAUGAAGGCUCGAACCAACGAUCCCAGAUCUACAUGGCAGUCGUCCUCUGGAGUGUUGCCGGAUUGUCUAUCUUCAAGUUUAUCGGAGCGCUGUGGUAUUUGGUUGUGCGAAUGGUAGGUGCAUCCUUCAUCAAUACGUCUGAUUCUUCACUGACGAUUGUUUGCAGUUCCGCGGUUGCCUCCAUGGCCGAUAAGAUUCUUCAUGACGCCAUCCAGGCAAAGGGUUGUGAGAUUCUCUUCAAAUCCCGACGCUGGAUGAAGCCCGGCCCUCAAGUGGGCCCUAACAUUAAAAGGUCACUCAAAGCAGUAUCAGUCACGGGCUUCUUCAUCUCAUGCACCUACUACUGUAAAUUCACCAUGCUUAUAUCCCAAAGUAAACCCGACCUGAACUAUUCCGAGCGGGAAUCGAAUAGUGACACGGAGACGUUAUGGAGUGCCGCGUCGGAGCAAAAGACUCGAAGAAAGAUUGACCUCUCAGUCCUCCCCCUGUUGCUGUUGGGGAUGACAGUAUUCCAACUGGACCGCAUGAACAUCGCCAGUGCCUUGACCGGCGGCUUCGGCAAGGAUAUCCACAUCGACCAGAGCACCGUCAAUUUAGGAAACCAACUGAUGUUUCUGGGCAUUAUUGUGCUGGAGAUUCCGUCCAAUCUCCUACUGCAGAAACUCGGCCCCGACAAAUGGAUCCCCGCGCAGGUCCUCGCAUUCGGGACCAUCGCAACCUUCCAAAUCUUCCUGCGCAAUCGAACCGGCUUCCUAGUCGUGCGGAGUCUGCUCGGGCUCGCCGAAGCAGGCUACAUCCCGGCCUCCCUAUACACGCUAUCGACAUGGUAUGCCAAAGGCGAGCUGGCGAAACGAGUCGGCAUCUUCUUCUUCGGGAUGUUCGGCGGAAACGCCAUCUCGCCUCUGAUCGGGGCGGCGAUAUUGAAACUCGACGGGAAACAUGGCCUGAAAGGUUGGCAAUGGAUCUUCCUGAUCGAGGGCAUCUUCACCAUAACCACCGCAAUUCUCAUCCUGCUACUCCUCCCCCAAAGCCCCUCAAACCCAAGCCCGUAUCUCCUGAACCGUGGCGUGAUCGCCUUCUCCCCCGAAGACAGAGACGUCCUCCUCGCUCGCAGAUCCCGAAGAGAAGAAGGAGAAGGAGAAAGAGAAAGCAAAAGAGAAAGCGAAGACACCUCCAACCCGCACCCAGCAUCUCACAUCAAAAAGGCCCUCCUCAACUACCGCCGCUGGCCCCAUUUCCUCCUCGCCCCCUGCGUCUUCUCAACCUGGAGUCCGCUAACAACCUACACGCCCACGAUCAUGAUGUACGUUCCUCCCAUCAUAUAA